AUGGCCGCUCUUAGGUUCGGCUUCACCGCCACCACCAUCCACGUUUCAUCAACGUCGAUUCUCACCCGCACUCGCCCCAACCCAAAGACCAUUACCUGCGUCGGAUGGGACCCAGAAGGCAUUUUUGGACCGCCUCAGACCGGCCAUAUCGCUCGAAGAGAGUUCACAAGGCGGCUGGAGAGGGAUGCCGAAGCUCGCGAGGCUUUCGAACGCGAAGUCCGGGAAGAGAAAGAACGCCGCCAAUUGCUUCGAGCGUCUCGUGUAGUUCCGAACAACGUGACUGGCCUUAUUGAGUAUUUUCUUGAUACUGAAGCUCAGGAUAUUGAAUUUGAAAUCGCCAGGUUAAGGCCCAG